AUGGACGGCUGUGGCAACGUCUGUGCUGCCACCCCCCCGGCCGCCACGACGGAGAUCAAGCUUGAGCAGUUGCCCUACACCCAGGAGGAGAUGGAGUUGCUGAAACAGUUCGAGACCUUGGCACUGUCGGUCUCCCGGCCCCAGGAGAUGCUUUCAAGCCUCAAGUUGCAGCAUACCGCGCUCCAGUCAACGAUCGCAGACAUGGAGGAUAUGCUGUCCACUUCGCAGACGCAGCUGGCGCAUCUGGCAGCAAAGGUUGAAAAGGUGCAGAAGAUGCAUCGGGAGAAGACGGUCCAGAGUCUCGGGAUUGGCGAAGAAGUCCGUGAAGUAACUGAGUCGGUCGAUGAGACCAACAUCCCGGCUGAUUUACCCCAGGUGGCGUCCACUACAUCGGAGAACGUAAAGGCCAUCCUGCAGUGUUCCGAGUCCCCCAGCGAGACAAACAACAAGACCGGCAAGACCCAUCAUCUCCUCGAGAAGGUGAGGCAGAGCCAUAAGCCGACCCUUUCAUUCAAGACCUUGCCGCCGAUUGAAAAGGGCUUUUGGGCCUUCUUGACCGCGCUGUGCAAGAGGGUGACAAAUAGCUACAUCUUCGAGGGGAUCAUCUCCCUGGUGAUCGUGGCGAAUUCCGCGAUGUUGGGCCUCGAAAGCCAGAUGUCGAUGGAAAACAAGAACCUGGACUGGGCUACCCAGGCGGAGGCAUGCUUCCUGUUCGUCUACACGGUCGAGUGCAUCCUCAGGGCCGUCGCAGACAGGUGGGGCGCACUCCGCGACGGCUGGUUCAUCUUCGACGUCAUACUCGUGACCAGCGCAUAUGUGGAACAGAUCUACGCGCUGGUCAAUGACAUCUCGGACCAGCAGGUCAUGGUUCUCCGCGCCAUGCGCCUGAUCCGCUUGGUCCGUACCUUCCGAAUGAUCAAGCAAAUACGAUCCAUUUGGAGGUUGGUCUACGGCUUAGUGAACUCCGGUCAAACGAUGCUAUCCACCUACGCACUGCUUUUCCUCGUCCUCUACGUCUUUGGAGUGUUGGCUCUGGAGCUUAUCAGCAACGACGACCACCUGCGUAACAACGAGGACACGAGAGAAAUCCUGUCUGAGAACUUCAGCUCCCUCGGGGUGACCAUGAUCACUUUGACGCAGUUCGCGACGUUGGACUCCAUCGCCGACAUCUACCUCCCCUUGACCAAGCAGCAACCUUAUCUGGUCAUCUACUUCUUCCUGCUGAUGGCCAUCGUUUCCAUCUCGCUCAUGAAUCUCGUUACUGCCGUCAUUGUCGAGGGGGCCCUAGAGCAUGCCCGCCAGGACAGAGAGGAGGAGCAAAAGUUGGCUCUCGUCACCACCAAGCAGAUGCUCCCCGAGAUCGUGUCGCUCUUCGACUUGGUCGAUGCGGACUCAUCUGGCGAAAUCGUUCUGGAGGAGAUGCGAGAGUUCGAGGCGAAGCGAAAUGUUCCCCCACAGAUCCUGGAUCGCGCCUCCGUUGACAGCAUGACUGAGCUUUUCGAGAUUCUGGAUGUAGACAACACCGGCACGGUCAACCGCGAGGAGUUCGUCGAGGGACUCCUGAAUAUCUUCCUCCUCGAGGUCCCGGUGUCCUCGCUCCAGAUGAUAAAGAUGCUUCGCCUACUUCGGGAGUCCAUGUCCAAAGUGCAGGUGGACAUGGAUAUUAUGAAGCAGGCUGUCGGCACAGCCCUGAUGACGCCACGGUAA